UUUUUCCUUCUUUAUGUAACCAGGUGAUAAACAGAGACAUUCAAAUGAACUGAAACCCACUGAAAUCCCUGUUUGUGGCUCUUCUGCUGAUUUUUGGUUUGGACAGCAGGGGGCGUAUUGUGAUUGUUUUACUGGCGGUAGUUCUGAGGUCAAAGUGUAUGAUACCGGAAGUUGUGGUAACAGAGACAGUCGUGGAUCGGGAGAGUAAGAAAAUGUAAAUAAUACCGUGAUUUGAAAGACUGCAAUGUGAAAUACAGUGACAGAGUGGUAAAUUGUUUGUUAUUUGCAUUGAAAAUCCACUUUAUGUCUGUUUACUGUGCUUAGGAGUACAGAUGCUUAGAGAAUGAGAACACUGCACGUGUGCCGCUGGUGCUAAUCAUCCGUGUGCUAGAUGAUAUGGUUCCGUUGGCAUCAUCAGACCGUGACUUUCAGCAUGCAUCGGCACAGCUUGCGUCAGAGGGUGAAGUAAUGGGAUGAAAGUCAGCAACUCCAAAUCUGAGGCCAAGGUCUCUGCCAGAAAAAAUGGACUGCUCCGUCUGGUUUGGGAUGAGUUGCUGUCUUAAGAGGAAAAUUUAAGGAGAGAUGACUGACGGAUAUGGGCAGCAUCUUCAAUACUGGUUUGCAGCUGUGUCACCGCUGAGGUCAUCCUGUCUGCAUACCAAGACCCUGCGCUUCCUCUCCAACAUGGCGCUGCAUGGAAAGAAAAGUGCAGCAGCCACCAGUAAUUGGUAGGCAUAAAGUGUUGUGUUAUGUUGAAACAGCUGAAACUCAACAGAGGCAUGCUCCUCUGGCUUCUCCUGCACCCUCCCUCUUUGUUAUCAAAUCACCAGCUGUUUAUGAACUUUGCACUAACUCUGCUAACUCACCCUGAAUGGUGGCAGGUGUUAGGAGCAUCCUCGGCAGUUGACUCUGAGUGGCUUGAUAAUAACACAGUAGAAGCAUGAUGCAUGGAGAAAAAUAGCUCCAGGCUCUACUUUUAAAAAUAAAAAUAAAAAAAGUAAUUAAAUAAAUAAAAGCAGCAGGGUGCCUCUAUUUUACAUGUAUAUUUUAGUUAAAAAAAACACUUGGAUCAAAGCAGAGUGGACCAUUUACAGCAGAAAAAUGGUAAUGCAGAUGGACUGAGCUCAGCGCUCAUGAGGAUGUUCACCAGAUGAAGCAGUGAGCGGCCGACUCUGCAGGGACUGAUCUAAAGCUCCCUCGGGGUUUUACAGAGGACAACAUUCAUCAUACACAUUGCAAGAGAUGUCACAAAUGGUGGUAAUAAAAGUUACAUGAAUGAUCAGCAGGAAGCAAGUGUGGACUGUUGCGCUGUUUGGGCCAGCUAAAUGACUUGUUUGAAUGUAACUGGGACUGUGUGCAAUAAUCAGCUGCCUGACGAACACCAAACUUGCAGACAAAUGAAAAUACAGCUUCAUAAAUAAUAUUAUAGUGAGGGGAAAGGUCUGCAGUUGCCGACGGAUUCCAACACUGCGACAAGAACAAAAAAGCAUCUCUUUAAAUUGAUAUUUUUAAAUUGAUUUAUUAAAAUGAGGGUCAAAUGUGAGAAUGAAACAGCACAAGUCUGGGAUUUAAUAAUAAUGGAUUAGCACUUUUUUGGCCACUCAAAGCACUUCACAAUGGAUCCAUUAUUCAUUCACUCACACAUUCUCACUCUGGUGGUGAUAAGCUACAUUUGUAGCCACAGCUGCCCUGGGGCAGACUGACAGAAGAAAUGCCAAUCCGUGCCUAUGGCCCCUCUGACCACCACCAACAUUCAUACACCAGAGUGAGAGCAGCACUGGAGGCAAGGCGGGUAAAGUGUCUUGCCCAAGGACACAACAGCACAUGACUAGCGGGAGCAGGAAUUGAACUGCCGACCCUUCAAUCAUUGGACAACCCGCUCUACCACCUGAGUCACAGCCGCCCGAUUUGAAAUGCUCCUGAAACCAGUUAGACUGCACUAGUCUGACAAAGAAUAAAAAUACAUAACUUUCCUUCUUUCCUUUCUUUCCUGGAGCACAGUGGCACAGGGUCAACAACUAACUAUUGGACUUGAUCUCUGGCCUUUAUAUCCAGUGAGGAAAUCGAUUUUCAUGAAAGUUUGUGUACGCAUCUGAGAAAGUGGUCAAAGGUUGGCAUUUGUGUUUUGUUCUACUGAACAACUCCUUACCGCUUUUAUUUUGGUAACGAUCUUUUAUUUUGAUAAGUACCUAGCAUGCAGUUAAAUUCAAAGUUGGUACUCUAGCAUGAACUUAAGUUUCAUGAAAUAAUUGUGUGUUUUUAGGCUGGUUUGGCUAAAUUACUAAUGUGAAGAGAGGUCAUUUCAGGGAAAAUACCUACAUGUGUACAGUAUAUGUGUGCAGAUUGUCAGACAUCCAAAAUAUGGUAUUUCAAAGAACUUGAUGUAUAUUAUCUUUUUAUAAAUGAUGAAAGAUUUUCUUCUUAGGACAGCAAUAUGACCAGCAAUACUUACAUUCUGGACAGAGAGGUAAAGGAAGCAUCUUUAAACAGAAUAGAGGGCCUAUGACAUCACUUAUCUGGUGCUUACAAUGCAGUCUUGAAAUCUCUUCAAGACAUCAACAACAAUUAACAACUAAAUCUAAAUGUUACUGUGUAUUUUGUGCAGAAAAAUCCUCAACUACUCUAACAUUACUUGGUCAAAUCACUGUGGCAAUGUUAACUCACAUUAAACUGAGCAUGCACAGUAAUCAUCAAGUCCUUAGGAGACAUAAAGUUCUGGAAAAACUGCAGGAUUUUAGUUGCAGGAUUGUUGGGGAACUCUGCAAUUAGGCAACUUCAACCAAUUAAAUUCGAUACCUGGAUCAAGCCACUGUGAACCUUAAGCUCCAUUCAGCAGCUGUCUGACGUGAAGACCGUGAGAAGUUAUAGUUAAUUGUCGGUAUUGUUCUCAGUUAUCUAUCAGCUGGGUGGGAGUUGGGUUGGGUGGCUGAGGCGGUCGCUCUCCUCCCCUCGCUGCUCGACGAGAUAAGAGCUGAAAAACCGCAAAUGUGCCAUAAAACUCCCCCAGUUCACCCUCAACCUCGCAGAGUCACACAUUUACAAUGACUGAUUCAAAGUAAGUAUUCUUUGCAAAGUACACCAGUACUCACUGUUUGCAGUAAAAUUGACUGAAUAUCUGAACUGAGAGUAUUGAUACAUGAGUACACAGGAACUUCAGUGUAUAAAUAUGUUUUUAAGUGAUAAGAAGCCAACAGAUGGUGAGAGCAGCAGCCUUAAAAAGAGCAAAAAGAAGCAAAAGAAGGAAGAUGCCUGGAGACCAGAGGGACCCAGAGACCCGUUUGCACUGCUGGACACUCUGCCAGAGAAGAAGCAGCAGGAAAUCCAGAGAGCCCUUCACCUCUUCUCCUUGGCCCCAACUACACCUAAAACCCUGCAGCAGGCCAAGAAGCACACCUACCGCUUCUGGAACACACAGCCUGUCCCCAAACUGGAUGACACUAUUACAACUCAUGGCCCAAUAGCUGAGGGUGAAGUUAGUGUCCGAGAGGAGCCCUACUCUCUACCUCAGGGUUUCUCCUGGGAUACUCUGGACCUGAGCAGCCCUCCAGUGCUAAAAGAACUCUGCAGUCUACUAAAUGAGAACUACACUGAAGACGAUGACAACACCAUCAGACUUGACUUCUCUCUGGAGUAUCUGGAGUGGGCUUUACAGCCUCCAAACUGGCUGGCCCAGUGGCACUGCGGUGUGAGAGUGGACACCAAUCAGAAGUUAGUCGGCUUCAUUGCUGCCGUUCCUGCAGAUGUUCGCAUUUAUGAGACGGAGAAGCGGGCGGUGCAGGUCAAACUCUUAUGUGUUCAUAAGAAACUACGCUUGAAGCGGAUGACUCCAGUUCUGAUCCGAGAGCUCACGAGACGGGUGAACCAGCAGGGCCUCUACCAGGCGCUCUACACGGCCGGCACAGUGCUGCCCACACCAAUAAGCUCCUGCAGAGUCUGGCAUCGCCCUCUGAAUCCCCGUAAGCUGAUGGAGGUCAACUACCCAGGUCUGAGGCAGAAGACGACCCUGCAGAGAGCGCUCAAGUUGAACCGCCUACCAGAGGUGACAAAGGUACAAGGUCUGCGCCCCAUGACAAAAGAAGAUGCUCCAGGGAUACAGUCACUGCUCCAGAAAAACCUCUGCAAGUUUCAGCUCAGCCCCCUCCUGUCUCUGCAGGAAGUAGAGCAUUGGUUGCUGCCGAGGGAGAAUGUGGUUGACACCUACGUGGUGGAGGAUGAUGACGGUGCCCUGACAGAUGUGGUGAGUUUCUAUAGCGUCUCCUCCAGAGCGCUGAAUCACCUGGUUCACUCCGGCCUCAGAGCAGCUCAUCUCCUUUACGUCGCCUCUGCUGCCACCGAGAUGACCGACCUGAUGGAGGACGCCCUGGUCCUGGCUAAAGCUAAAGGUUUUGACAUCUUCUGUGCCCUCGAUGUGAUGGAUAACGAGGGCUUCCUGGAGAAGCUCAAGUUCAGCAUCGGCGACAGGGUGGUUCAUUACUACCUGUACAACUGGAUGUGCCCUAAUAUGAGCCCAGACAAGGUGGGCUUGGUGUUGCCCAGCUAACCUGCUACUGAAAGAAGGCAGAAGUGAAGAUGAGAGGAACAGAGUGAGUGGCAGGACGGUGGAGGUCAAACUGCAUCAGCAUUAAUAAACAUGAAUUUGGUUACAAAAAAAUACACCACAAAGCACACUCCCUCACAGACCAAGGAAAGAAAUUGUAUUUGUGAGUGCAUUUAUCAUCUGAAUAUCAGUUAUUUACUGAGUUCAGUGUUUCCAUGACAGAAAAAUAUAAUCUAUUACAUGAUGGAGAAUUGAAUUAAUAAAUUCUGAAGAUUCA